AUGGCACAAACUAAAUCCGUUGCCGUUGCCGAUAUGGAAUCACAGCGGCAUGCGCACAUAUGUGAUCACAAACAACCUUGUGGCCAAUGUAUACUUAGAGGUUUUAAGGAUCAGUGUCAAUACGAAGUUUCUAAUCGUUGGGGUUAUUCCAAUGAUCCACAUGAAUCACCUGAACAAACGCCAACUCCAACUCCAACUCCAACUCCAAUUCCAACUUCAGUAACAACUUUACCUUCCAUCUCUUCUGAUUCUAUUCCUAAUGUUAAGUUUAUUAAUACGUUCUCCUCAACUUCCGUUUCUUCUACUCUCUCUACUUGUGCAGUUAUUCCGUCAAUUAUACCAGAGUCAGGAUCAACUUCUAUUUCCCCUACAGAGUCAACCUGGAAUGGGAGCUCCUCUUCUGGUUCAAGAGGAGUCUUAAUGUAUCCUCAUAAUGGUUUCCCAAACGAUUACAAUUUCAAACACAACCAAUCGUUACAAUUUUCAAAAGAAAAUCGAAAAUAUUCUACUUUGGAUUCAAAUAAUCGAUCUCUUCCAUAUCCAGCCAAAUUAUCAUCCAGCUCACAAUUACCUUCCAACCUAAUCGAGAUUACCAACUCACCAAUUUCUCAGCAAGAUGGCGAAUUUCUAAUCAAUGAAACUCGACGAUUAUGUUCAUUUUUGCCAGUAAUGAACUGGGACAAAAUUUACCAGACUUUUCAAGAAUGGAAUAAAUUGGAUAUAACACCACCAGGCUCAAACUGUGACCUCUUAUCAAUGUUGAUGGUGAUAUCUAUAGGCUGCAAAAUUUCAUCUCACAACAACCUCGCAAAUCCAAUUUUCUUUCAGCAAUGGAUUGAUAACUUGAUUGGAGAAGCAAGUAAAGAGCUUUAUUAUUAUUACCCUCCUUCAUUUUACGGGAUGAACGAUAUAACAGCAUAUUUAUUAAGUGCAAGUUAUCUUUGUUAUGAUGAUACAGAUCAUAUUGGAAUAUCGUGGACAAAAAUGACAAUGAUUACUGCUUCUCUACAAAGACUAGGAUACAGAUUUAACAUUAACGAUCAGCAAAAUAUAAUCAAUACAGUAUGGUUAAGAUAUUUUAAAGGAACUGAAAAACUUAUCGCCUUUAGUAUGAGAACCCAGUCUCUUUUGAACUCUACGCUUUUCCCCCAUAUCUUAGAGGCUUCAAGUGCUGAUGGUACUUUUCCAUCUGUAAGGCUUUCUCUGUUUGAAGCCAUCGACAAUAUUCUAGAAAACAUAUAUUCCGUUCGUCAUCUUGUUCAUCCAAGAAAUUUAAGCAAGUAUGAAAACUUGGUGCGGAAAAUUGGCACAGAUUUUGCCAACACCUUUACUCCCCAACAACUCCAGGAUCCUAAAAUUAAAUAUCAGAUCCUUACGAUUCAAUCUCUUUGUAAUUCUAUUAUUUUACUCAUAUACCGACCUUAUAUCAUAACUAUUCCUGAUACCACAGUGGAAACAGAAAUUUUUCGGCGAAAAGGAACAUCGGCAGCCAUUGGUACAAUAGAAACAAUGAUUCAAUUUUUGGAGGGGGAUCCAGCUACAUUCAAGAUUUACAAAUGGUUUUCUUGGGUUGAUAUACUAAUGGGCGCAUUUGAAGCAUGUGUGCUUUUGAUAUUAGACCACAAUACACGCCAAAAGUUGUCUAUUUCUCCCGAUCAAAGUUACAUGAUUCAGAGGUUUGCCAUUCGAUUAUUUAAAUGUCAAGAUGCAUCUACGCGUUCUUCUGGUAAUAGCGCAAAGAGUAGUAGUAGCACAAGUCAGGCUAGUCCUCAGCAAUCAAAUGAUGGUUGCCCACAGGCUCCAGAAAAAAACUCAAUAGAAUCAGUCUGCUGGAACUGUACUGAUUUUAACUGGCGAGUGAACUUGGUCGAAAAGUGUCGGAUCCACUUUAUGAGACUCUCAACAGGGGAGCUGAGUAGGCCCGCCAAAGCUGCAACAAUACUAACUGCCAUGCUUGGAAAUAUGAAAGUCACUCAAGUUCCUAAGCUUUUUGGGCCUUUCACAAAAGCUUUGGAGGGUUCAUCGCGUUAUAUUAUUGCACAAUAUGAUGAAAGUUUUUUUGCAAAAGUCGGGUCGGAAAGAUCAAUUGAGUUUAAUCAAAGGAUCGGGCUCGCAAUUAAUGACACUAUGACUUUUUAA